CGCAGCAAAACGAAGAAAAUAUAAAUUUGAGUUUGAAAUUUUUAUUUGCUAGUUUGAUUUUUCACCGAAAUAGCGGCUGAACCUGACUAAAUUUAAGUAAAAAGUGUUACAUUCAGCGAGUGGAUUGGAUGCAAAGUGAAAAAGUUCGCGAGAAUUGGAAGACGGCGUCGGUUUGGGAGCGAGGAAAAAAUCGGUCAAAAAACGACUUCGAGCUGACAGAUUUCCAGUUGGAUUCGCGGCGACGGCGGCGGCAGCAGCAGUGGCGAAUGUGAGCUCGAGCCCGCGACCCCCAGAAGCCGAACGAAGCAGCAGCAAGGGUGUUUUUGUUGUUGCUGUCCGCGAGGAACGGCGCAGUUGGAAGAAUCCGCGAACAGAAGGACCAGCUGGCACACCCUUGACCAGUAGUCUAAACGGUUUAUUUUGUAGUAAAUUUUGAUCGUUUGUGAGGGCUUGAAAGGAUCGAAAAAUGGAAGUUGAUGAGGACUACAUAUUUGACGAUCAAGCCGCAAUGGAGGAGCUUGGUAUCGAUUCCCUGGACGAGGGUAUGCUCGUUGGUUCAGAUGACCUUGUAGAGUAUUCAGCUGGCGAAGACGAAUUUGAAGAGGAUACAGUUUAUGUGAAAACGGAGGAAUGUUUUGAAGACGCAAUCCCAAAAACAAUGAUUACCAGUCCAAACAUAACGGUCAAACGUGUGGUCAACAACAAACCAGUGGCCCCGAUGGUGCAGAAAAUUGCGCCUAGGCCAACGAAUCUAAUUCGUGCUACCAAUGCGGCUGGUAAGGUUGUUCUUAUACAGAAGCAGCCUUCUACUGUGGCCCCAGUAAAACUGCUCAAUAAUGCUAAAACGGCUACUGCAGCCAGUACCACAACCUCCUACCAUUUAGUAAAAAGCGAAGGCGGUGUAGUUAUGCAAUCGAAGGGCCAAAAUCAAACCAUGAUCCGACGGGUUGUUCCUGCUACAGCCACCUCAACAACCGCUACCACAGCCGUAAGUCUGAACAAACCUAAAACGGUUGCUAGACCUGCUACCCACGUUGUGAUCCAUACGAAAAUGGGACCAUCGGGUACUACCACUACCAAAACUCUAACCGUCGCCGAAGCCCAUCAGAUGGGCCUGCUCAACAAUAACAAAACGAAACAAGUGGUGGCAGUGGCAAAACCACGGCCCACAGGAAUCUCAGCGGUAAAAUCUCCGGUCAAAAUCCUUCCCAGCACCACAACCAAUUCUUCCAUGGUACGGUUGAAACAAUCUCCUGGAGCCACUGGUACGGCCGGGCAAGUGCAACGAGUUUCGACGAUCGCCAAGUCCGCUGUGCAAAGCCACAAGGUCUUCCUGCCUCAGAGUGCCAUCCAGGCAGGGCAGCAAUCCGGACAAAUUCAGGCAAUAAACAUUCCCGGCAAAGGAAUCCAAUACGUACGCUUUCUCAAUCAGAGCUCUAGCUCGUCAAGUGCGACAACCACUUCUUCCGGUCAGAAAAUGGUUCAAGUCCAAAUGAAUAAGACUGGUGCUGCAGUGCCAGGUUCGAAAAUAAUCGUGCAGAACAACAAAACCUACGUCGUAAGCAAUGGCAAUGUAGCGGCUGUGCGCACUGCUUCUGGCCAACCGGUCAGCCGAGUGAUGGCAUCCGGUUCGCAAACCGUCGUGCGAAAAGUCAUCUCUGCUGGAAGUAGUCAAGCUGGUAUCGUUCGGCGUGACCCGGAAUCGACCCGUUACAUAGCGGUAGUUCGAAAGGAAGAUGGUAAAUCGUCCGAACCGGCCAGCAGCCUGACAGCAUCACAGCUGAGUCAACUGGCCGGAACCACUGUAAUGACCGGUGGUACCAAAACGAAAAUAGUCAUGGUUCCAUCAUCGUCAUCCGCUUUGGGUCAGCAGAAAGCAACACUUGCCAGCAGUGCCCCGUCGAUCAUUUCGGUGAAACGUGAAUCCGUCAGUGGGUCCGAAGAUGAAACACGGAAAGGUCCCGCCGUGGGGACCAUUUUUCCCGACGAGGCCUACAAGAAGCGGCCGUGUAAUUGCACCAAGUCGCAGUGUCUGAAGUUGUACUGCGACUGCUUCGCGAAUGGGGAAUUUUGCUACAACUGUAACUGCCGAGAUUGUUACAACAAUCUGGAUAAUGAGGAGGAACGGCAGAAGGCCAUUCGGGCUACGCUGGAACGGAAUCCGAGUGCAUUCAAACCAAAAAUCGGUGCUGUCAGUGCCGACGAGGACGCGCUCCGCCAGCACACCAAGGGUUGCAACUGCAAACGGUCCGGCUGUCUGAAGAACUACUGCGAGUGCUACGAGGCGAAAAUUGCCUGCUCGGCCAACUGCAAGUGCAUAGGUUGUCGCAACACCGAGCAAUACGCAAAAGAGUUCGAGUACGCUACUUCUCUGGCUAGUGUCGGUUCCUUGGGUGUGGGUGGCAGCACAGACGCUACUGGACCAGGUGGAGGAGAAGGUGCUGAUUCGGAGCAUCUAUCAGGUGACGACAGUAUGGCGGAAGUCAGUCGCACCGAUACGAGUUUAGGUGGCUCAAGUGGUACCACCGUGGUGGCCGCCAUUGGAGAACCCGCAGCAGUGGCAGCGGCAACCACAUCAGCAGCCGUAGCAGCAGUUGCCGGAAUGAAGCGAGCCCUUCCGGCAGAACCCGAUCUCACGCAAUUACCACCGUCGAAGCAGCCGUACAAUUUUAUGACUCCGGACGUUAUCGAAGCAACGGUGCAGUGCAUGAUUGCGCAAGCGGACGAAUGUCAGAAGCGUGGUUGCAACAUCCGAACCGCCGAACGAAUGAUUCUCGAAGAAUUUGGUCGCUGCCUGGUGGAGAUUAUCGAAUUCUCCAGUAAAUCGGACAGCUAAAAGCUGUACCUGCUCGAUUGUGGGACAAAAGUUUAUUGCACACCUUUAUGCAAGAUUGUGGAGACGCUUAUUGCUCCUGUACGGUACUGAUAAUAGGAUUACAUACACACAAAUUAGAAAGUAGUUACAUAUCGGUGCCAUCGUGAAUGGCACACGAAAUAUAACUGGUUGUUAUUUAACCAAAAUUUGGUCUAGAACAUUAUGUAUUAGCAAUAAAUAUUUAACGAAUGAUGGAGUUUAUUCAAAU